GCCUGGGCGGCGCAGCGCGGCCGAGCCCUCCCGUGGGCUGGUGGCGAGCGGAGCCGGGCAGCGCGGUACCGACGUCGGGGCGAUGCAUCGCACCGGAGAGAAGAGCCGUGCGGGGCGGCGGGAGUCCUGCCCCGCCGCCCUCCGCAGCAGCGGCGGCCGGGCCGUGCUGGGGGUGCUGACGGAGAACGGGCAGCAGCAGCAGCAGCAGCGGCCCGGCGGCCAGGGUGCUGCUGUUAUCAAGCGCUUCUCGAGCUUUGAAAACACCAUCACUUCAUCUAGAAAAGAUGAAGUGCCCAACUGCAUCAUCAGUGCUGCAUCAAAGCAAGGGUUUGCUAUUUACAUAGAUGACUCAGAAGACAAAGAAAACUAUAGCUCCCAAGUGUCUGAAGAGCUGGAAUUAAGCCACUGUGAACUGGAUACCAGUGCAAUGACAUCCAGUAUUCACCGGCUUCUGGAUCUGAGUUCAGGCUCUCCUAUGGUAGUGGACACAUCCUUCCAAUCCCAGCCAGAGGAUCACAUGGAAGAUGUUGUAACUCUGGCUGUGGGAGAGUAUGCAGAAGACAUUCAUCAGUACCUCCGAGAGGCUGAAGUAAGAUUUAGGCCCAAGCCGUACUACAUGAAGAAGCAGCCAGAUAUCACAACAGGAAUGCGUGCUAUCCUGGUAGACUGGCUGGUGGAAGUAGGGGAAGAGUAUAAACUUCGGACAGAGACUUUGUACUUGGCAGUGAACUUCCUGGACAGGUUUCUUUCCUGCAUGUCUGUUCUCAGAGGAAAGUUACAGCUUGUAGGAACAGCGGCAAUUCUUCUGGCUGCGAAGUAUGAAGAGAUCUACCCACCAGAUGUGGAUGAAUUUGUCUAUAUAACAGAUGAUACCUACACAAAGAAGCAGCUGCUAAGAAUGGAACACUUGCUUCUCAAAGUGCUGGGUUUUGACCUAACAACCCCAACCAUCAACCAGUUCCUCCUUCAGUAUAUUCAGAGGCGUGGAAUCUGUAUGAGGACAGAGAACUUUGCAAGGUAUCUUGCAGAGCUGAGUCUCCUUCAGGUUGAUCCUCUUCUGAAGUACCUUCCUUCACAAAUUGCGGCAGCAGCUUACUGUUUAGCAAACUAUACAGUGAACAGAUCUUUCUGGCCAGAAACACUUGCUGCAUUUUCUGGAUAUUCCUUAAGUGAGAUAGCGCCUUGCCUGACUGACCUGCACAAAGCAUGCCUCGAUGCAUCCCAUUGCCAGCUGCAAGCUAUUAAGCAGAAGUAUAAGCACCCAAAGUACCUUCAGGUGUCUCUUCUGGAGCUCCCAGCAGUUCUUCCUCUACACUAG